GGCAGGUACAAAUAAACCGCACUUUUCGGAUUCGUUUCGUUCGUUACUAAUUUUCUAAACUGCUUUUAUUUUGAUAAUAUUAACAUUUCUAAUGUUGUUCUAAUAUAGAAUUGAAGCAUAAGCUAUUGUUAAUUACCGAUGCUUGAAAAAUGUAUCCCUGAUUCAGUGAUUAUAAACAAUACAGGUCUUCCGUUUUGUCGUUAAACCGUUUAAAAAAUGUUGAAGCGAAAUUGUAAAGAUUUAAAUUGAUUCAGAGUGUUAUAAGUAUAAAGUUAUUUAUUUAAACAUUGUACGCCCAUCACAAAACAUUGCUAUCGGUGAAUUUUGAUGAUGUUUAGAAUUUUUCCCAGAAUGAGGGUUUGGCUUUCAUGAUAAUCCAUCCUAGUUAUAGUGAAUAAUACGGUUCUCUCAUAUUGUGCAAAAGAAAGCCAUCUGCAAUUGAGAUGUGUGACUCAACGGAGUCAAUCCGAUUGGAUCAGGAGAUAUCUAAUCGAUUGCAAAAUGAACACCCAGAGCAGUUUAUUACGCUAGUCAGGAUGCACUUAUCGUUCGAGCUGGAUUUGAACACGGAUACAGAGAAUGACCCCACUAGUGUCGAAAAGGUGAAGGUAAAGAAAUGGAAAGGUUUUCAUAAAAAGGCCAGGGGAUGCACGUCAACGAAAUCGAACUCGCCGGAUACAGCCAAGACCGUUCUCACUAAACAAAAUAUACGGGAUGUUAUGCAGCUGAUUGAUUUUCUUGUACAGGAGAAAAAUAUAUCGCAGGAAGGCAUUUUUCGGAAAACAGGUUCUUUGCAGCGGCAGAAUGAAUUGAAAAAUGCUCUUAUCCAUGGAAUUCCAAUAAAUCUAGAGAAAGGCGACUAUACGGCACAUGACUGCGCUAGCCUUCUAAAAAGUUUUUUGGCAGAUCUCUCGGAACCUCUUCUUACAGAGCACUACUAUCCAGCUUACUGCCAAGUGGCAGAUUUUUGUCAUUCCAAGGAUUCAGCAGUCUUCCGUGAGGAACGUUUACUGCAUACCAUUCAAAUGCUAGUACUCCUACUCCCGAGGGAGAAUAAUCGGCUAUUGGAAUCUAUAAUAGACAUGUUGUAUAGAACCGUUCAACACGAACCGACGAAUAAGAUGUCUGCGGAUAACCUAGCUACUUUAUUCACGCCUCACUUGAUCUGCCCGCGGAAACUGUCUCCGGAGGCUUUACAUGUCACCGCGCAGCAAAUGUGUAGUAUUAUCAGUUUCAUGAUCAAGACUGGACCCCGAUUGUUUCAUAUUCCGCCAAAACUAGCAACCGACAUUCGAGCGUAUUUUGUCGAGCGAAAACGACGAAAGACCAUGUCGCCGGAACACAUACUUAACGAAUCGGUAACAUCGGACUCAGUAGCUAACACAGUUUACACUUUUGUUGACCGUGAGAAAACGGCAGAAGCUCACGUAAUGAAUUCAACCGACACAGCAUUGGCUCAGCUGUAUGCGCACAUCCAAAGUCUUCCGGAAUCUUCUAAAAAGAAGAAACUUAUCAAACAGUUUAACCGGGAAAACGGUCACGGAACUCCGCUGCAAGUGCUAAUGCUAAGAGAGAAAAAUUCUGUUGGUUCAAGCGCAAAGGUAGCCAAGUCGAUUGGCGAUUCAAUCAAACGACACAUUUUCCACAAAAAUCUGAUAUCCAAAACACCGAAACGAAAUAGUCACACUCCAGUGAGUUUACAGACUCCAAAUGGAACAAUUCCUCACAUUCCCAAGCAACGAGUGUUGUUUCAGAGUCCAUUGUCGACGGCAACUGAUUCUCCCGGCUUGUUAGGAAAACGUUCCUCCACCACAUCAACUUCAUCUUCGUCGUCUUCGGAAGGUGCAGCGUCAAGCUCAUGUUCACUGUCACCUGCAUUAUCGUCUAUGCUCAAAAGGAGCAACAGUUCUAGCACUUCCACCGAAUCUUAUCGGAGCGAAACCAAACGAACGGUAGAAUUUGUUGCGAUAGCCGAAAGUGAAGAUUAUGACGAUUCAGGGGUUAAAAGAUUUCGAUUGAAUUCAGACGACGAACCUCCACCACCGGAAGACGAUGAGGAUUUUGUGGAACAGGAAGACGAUGACAUAGGUGAAGAAGAAGAAGACAGUCACGAGUUACGAGAUGAAGGAAGAACGUUUAGCGAUAAUGAUGAAGAUCGAUACUGUUCGCCUAGAGCAGCUGGAGGCCUGAGUGAUAGCCGAUCAAAAUUUAAAUCGGAGCCAAAUUUGAGUACAAUUGUGCACGAAGAACAUCACCGCGAUCAUCAAACGAACAAGGAGAAGAAACUGUCUUUUCUGAAAAGUAAGCUGAUCAAGGGCGUCUCAAUGGGUAGCCUAAGAUUACCGUUCGGGCAGGAUUAUCGAUCUGGUAAAAAGUCGUCUUCGACUUCCCUGUUAAAGUGUUGUUUUGAAGACAAUCUGAGGAGUGCGAAGAAAUCGUUAGAUGGCUGUUCGACAGGGUCGAUGGCAUCUCCCGACUAUCGACUCAUGGGUAUAUCGCCGCUUCUUUGCAAAGCCAAGACGUUCAUCAACGAAGGAUACGAGCAGACGAAUAUGAUGAACGAGAACAAUGCGAAUUUGGAGGCCAACGCUUGGAAUGUGGGAUAUCUGACGAGCGUACCAGCGCUUAGCGGCAGGAACUCCAUGUCACCGAUCACAAAGUCGACCCAACGGAUGCCGAAAUCGAUGCAGGAAUCGAUCAUGACACCACGCUCUCGCAAGCCGGUAAUGCUAAUGGCCGGAAUGAAUGCCACAGAUCACCAACAUGCAACCUUCAUCAGCCAAACGAGUUUCUCUAGUUUACGAGAGGAAGAUGAAGAGGAUACUGCAGAAGCACAAUUGGAUUCAUAUUUUAAAGUCGAAGAUAAUCUUAAAAUCAUACCUCAGUUGACCGAUAUUCCAAUCGGCACGGAUAGCGGUUUGGAUCAAAAUUCUGGUAUUGGUGAAUCUUCGAUUGCUGGCUGUGUGACUGGACCAGUAGGUACGAAUGAAGAAGGAAGUUCUCUGACUAGUACAUUCAGAAACUACCUGUUGAGCCGUAGUGUGAUGACGGAUAGUCCAGCUGAUUUAUCGUUUUUCAGUCAACCAGACGAUUUUGAUUCCAACGCCGAUCUGGAGGAAUUGAGUGAAUCAAAAAUGAGCGAUUCGCUUUUAUUUUGUAUGAAUGGAAAUAGACCUACGGAUGACGAUUUCGAGGAGACGCUCGCCAAUGCACAAACUGGUGGUAACGAGAGCAUUGGUAAAGAAGGCAGCACUUUACCAGAAGAACGGGAACAACUUGACGAAACUUCCCUCUGAUGAGCCGUCGGUUGCUUGAUGGAGAAUGCUUAACACUAUUUUUGCUUAUUUUUUAGCAGUUAAUCAAAUUUAUAAAUAUAAUAUCGUUUUAUUAUAUCGAUCAGCU